AUGAUUGACAAGCGUCGUUUGGAUUCAAUAUUAAAUUUCCAUAAGGGCAAGAACCAACAGAAAUGCCUUAGCCAAGUGCCGCCCACAGUCCGUGCUACAUUUCACGACUUCCAUGAGGUCUUUGACUUUUCCAAUUUGGAUUUGGUGAACUUCGAGUACUUUAAGAAUCUUGACUCACAGGAUCCGCGUACUGGUGCCCAGGCCAAUCCCAUAAUCGUGCACUUUCAGAAGAAGAAAGCCGUAUUGGAUUAUAUCGAACGUCUGUUCUUGGGCAACUCACCAUUCCAGCAGCCCAGCGAGAUACCUUUCGAUCCGCAUUUCGGAAGAGCAUGGCAGCCCACCUAUGAGCGCAAAUUUGGCCACCGUGGCGAGCGUCUAAUAGCUGCCCUGGGCUCGGGAUAUUCUAUCAAGGAAUUGCGUUAUUUCGGUGCGAUACCAAGAGAGUAUGGCACGGGCAAUCCUCUCUAUCCCAGUUGA